GUCUUCAAUGGAGGUCGUGCAUCCUUCAAGCCUAGUGAUUCCUGUGUUAAAUUUAGAAUCAAAUCCUUCAGGGUUCCUGAUCUUUUUGUCGAGAUUCCAGAAAAUGCAACUGUUGGUUCUUUAAAGAGGACCGUAAUGGAAGCAGUGACUGCUAUACUUGGCGGUGGACUACGUAUCGGUGUGGUUUUUCAGGGUAAGAAGGUUAGAGAUGAUAACAAAACCUUAUUGCAGACUGGAAUUUCUCAUGAUUACAAGCUUGAUGCUCUGGGCUUUUCACUGGAGCCCAAUCCCAUUCAAGCUUCUCCACCUCUUGGUCCAGAUUGUCGUUCUUGUGUCCUUCCUUGUGAUACACCUCAACCACUAACAAGGUGCCUAUCUCCUGCUAUUACUGGCAUUCAGCAGGGGAGAUCUGAUGAUCAUACAGGAACAUGUUUGAAUAAUUUUGUUGAAAGUGAUCGUGAUUCUGCUCCAUCUCCUCAUUACACGGCAUUGGAGAAAAUUUCUGCAAAUUCAAGAGCAUUGAUUCCAGUUACUGCGGUAAAUGCAGAAGCCCUGGCCGUAGUUCCAUUACGGAAGCCCAAGCGAUCUGAGGCCACACAGCGUCGAAUCCGUAGACCUUUUUCUGUUGCGGAAGUGGAAGCACUUGUUCAAGCUGUUGAGAAGCUUGGAACAGGAAGAUGGCGUGAUGUGAAACUGCGAGCUUUUGAUAAUGCCAAACAUAGAACUUAUGUCGAUUUGAAGGAUAAAUGGAAAACUCUGGUGCACACAGCAAGAAUAUCUCCUCAGCAAAGGAGGGGCGAGCCCGUGCCACAGGAGCUCUUGGACAGAGUCCUCACUGCCCAUGCUUACUGGUCCCAACAGCAAGCCAAGCAACAGAUGAAACAGCCAUCGGAGACUUACCUUCUGCUCUAGGAACACGUCGUGGAAAUGGCUGCACGAUGUGGGACUGACGAAGAGGUUUCCUUAUUUUUUGUCACUGUAAAAUAUCUUAUGUUUAAAAAGUAUUACCAGAAGUUAAUUAGUUAGUGCUACAUAUAGUUCCUUGCAUGGAGGGGUUGGAAGCUGGCUCUUUGUAAAUGUUUUGAUAGAAUGAGUGCUUUGCUAACAGAAAUUUUUUUCUGCCAAGAUUUUGGCAUUAAAUGCUUCUUUCCUUGGUAAGAAAUUCUUUCUGGGGUAAGGGUAUUGUACUUAUGUACUUAACUCGUUCAAUAGAAAAGGCAAAAGGGAAAUGUUUUAUUCC